UUUCACCGUGAACGAGGUAUCGUUGGUGAAAUGCAUCCACUUCGCCACAUUACCGCGAUCGAAGCCGGUUUAUUAUUCGGCCGAACUCGCGAUACAGGACUAAUUGGGUCUAUUAACGAGCACUCGGCAUCCGGUUGGCGGUCGAUCAUGAGACCUCGAAAAGAUUUUUCGACGCAUUCGCUCUGCUACACUUGGACGAUCGCCAUGCGGCGUUUCUUGCUGCUUUCGCUUCUGUUCACGAGUCAACAUUCUGGAUCGUGUCUCGAACGCGACAAGAGGUAUUUGGUGUUUCCAACGCCUGGAACGAACGCACCGACCAAAGUCCAGUUCAUCCUCGGCCUCGGUUUACCCAUGGAAGUCGACGUCAGCACGAUUAUCGGAUAUGUGAUGAAAUUUAAUUACGCCCUGCCCUAUAACGCCUCCUACUUGACGGAUUCAUACGUUCGCUAUGACAGAUCGAUCAGCCCCGGUGUCGAGGUCGACGGGGAUGACGAGCCGAACCCCGAUUACCAAGGUGUGGCGCGCGCCCUCACCAGAUGGGAAAUUUACGAGAUCCUCGAGUCGGCCCUCGGUGACUCGCGGUCGGGGAAAGCGUGCCUUUUGAGGGCGAUCUGCGAGGCUUCCGCGUCGCCUUUCGACGGAGUUCACGGCCUCGCCUCCCAGCUCGUCCAUCUUCUCCUCACACCGUCGACCACCUCCGAGGCCUUGAGGACCGACUUUGAUCGAGUGUAUCACGCCGCUGAAAUUAUGGGCCGACGAGGGAUCGACUCCUGCGAUACUAUAUUUCCCGAAUGCGAGGAGAGCCCCCUGGAUUACUUCACCGAGGUCCACCAACGAUUCGGCUAAUACGCUGUUUCGAAUAAUAUUCGAUCGAUGGAACAAUAAACUCGACUCCGCUCUACG